GGGAUAAGGACAGCAUCGCCUGGAGCCAUGGCCAGCAGCACAUUAAGCCCUACUACCAAGGCUGAAAAUCCAGAACUGCCUGCAUUGUCAGGGCGCAUCCAAAAUGCUGCGGAUAUCUCUGUCAUUGUUGUAUAUUUCAUUGUGGUGAUGGCUGUUGGGCUGUGGGCGAUGCUGAAGACCAACCGAGGCACUGUUGGAGGCUUUUUCCUGGCUGGUCGAGAUAUGUCCUGGUGGCCAAUGGGUGCCUCUCUCUUUGCCAGUAACAUUGGCAGUGACCACUUUGUGGGCCUGGCUGGGUCAGCAGCAGCUUCAGGAAUUGCUGUUGUAGUAGAUGAAUGGAAUGCCAUGUAUAUGGUAUUGGUUCUAGGGUGGAUCUUUGUCCCCAUCUACAUUAAGGGAGGGGUGAUGACUAUGCCGGAAUAUCUCAGGAAGCGAUUUGGAGGGAAGAGACUCCAGAUCUACCUCUCUGUCUUGUCACUCUUCAUCUGUGUGGCUGUGAGAAUCUCUACAAGUAUAUUUUCUGGAGCCAUAUUCAUCCAGCUGGCCUUGGGAUUGGAUAUUUACCUGGCAAUCUUUAUCCUCUUGGCUGUCACUGCUGUGUACACAAUAACUGGGGGCUUGGCCUCAGUGAUUUACACAGACACCCUCCAGGCUAUCAUCAUGUUGGUUGGAUCUUUUAUUCUCAUGGGGUUUGCUUUUGCUGAAGUUGGAGGCUACGACAGCUUUACAGAGAAGUACAUGAAUGCCAUCCCAUCUGUGAUCGAGGGGGAUAACCUGACAAUCAGCCCCCAGUGCUACACUCCCCAGGCAGAUGCAUUUCACAUUUUCCGAGAUGCUAUCACUGGGGAUAUUCCAUGGCCAGGACUAAUGUUUGGAAUGAAUAUCUUAGCUGUGUGGUUCUGGUGCACAGAUCAGAUUAUGGUACAACGCUGCCUGUGCGGCAAGAACAUGUCUCACGUGAAGGCUGCCUGCAUCAUGUGUGGCUAUUUGAAGAUUCUGCCCAUAUUCUUCAUGGUGAUGCCAGGAAUGAUCAGUCGUAUCCUAUAUACAGAUAUAGUUGCCUGUGUUGUACCUUCUGAAUGUGUGAAGCACUGUGGUGUUGAAGUCGGCUGCACUAACUAUGCCUACCCAAUGCUGGUGCUGGUACUGAUGCCUGCUGGACUAAGAGGUCUGAUGCUGUCUGUUAUGUUGGCCUCUCUCAUGAGCUCCUUGACAUCCAUCUUCAAUAGUGCCAGCACUCUCUUCUCCAUUGACAUCUAUACCAAUAUUCGAAAGCAGGCAUCAGAGAAAGAGCUCCUGAUAGUUGGACGGAUAUUUGUCAUCAUAUUACUUGUCAUCAGCAUUGCAUGGGUUCCAUUAGUACAAGUAUCUCAAAAAGGACAGCUGUUCCAUUACCUAGCAUCAAUUUCCAGCUACCUUGGGCCUCCAAUUGCAGCUGUCUUCCUGCUUGCCAUCUUUUGUAAAAGAGUCAACGAACAAGGAGCAUUCUGGGGUCUAAUAAUUGGACUUGUGAUAGGCCUUAUUCGUAUGAUUGCAGAGUUUGCCUAUGGAACAGGGACCUGCUUGGUUGCCAGUGACUGUCCCAAGAUCAUCUGUGGAGUGCACUAUAUGUAUUUUUCCAUCAUUCUCUUCUGCUCAUCCCUACUGGCCAUCCUGGGGAUUUCCUUCCUAACGAAACCCAUUCCUGAUGUACAUUUGUAUCGCCUGUGCUGGGCUCUUCGGAACAGUACAGAGGAACGAAUUGAUUUAGAUGCAGAAGAAAUAAGGCAUGAAGAAUCUGACACUGAGGAGGAAGAUCAUCCUGAGCAAUCUCGUGGAUGUCUCAGGAAGACAUAUGACUUAUUCUGUGGUUUGCAGAAGGCAGGGACCAAACUGACCAAAGAGGAGGAAGAAGCCUUAAAGAGGAAAUUGACAGACACAUCAGAGAAGCCCUUGUGGAGGACUGUACUGAACAUUAAUGCCAUCCUCCUGCUAGCUGCAGCGGUCUUUAUUCAUGGUUAUUUUGCCUGACCUCUUGCUGAGCUACUAGAAUAUUGGCUAGGCAAAGGAUAAUUUUAUUGAUUUUCACUUCUAAGUUUGUUGUGUUGCAAAAUGGAAAGCAGUUGGACAUUUAUCUAAUUAGAUAAUUAUAGACCCGAUUUUUUUUGCUUUUAUUAUUCCUUUGUAUUGAUUAGGUCUAAAUUAUUUUUUUCAAGUCAGAAUUUGAUAUAUAUGUAAUACACAUACUUAUCUUCAAAUGAUUACCAAGUCAAGUUAAUUACGGCACCAGUCGAGAGUCAUCUAUUGUGCAUUUGUAGCGAUAACAAUGAAGAGCUAUUCAGCAACUUCCAGUACACCAGAGUAUUUUUAAAUAUGGUCAACGUGUUGUAUCUUCAAUACUUUGAAUUUAUUCAUCUUACUUCUGAAAGCUUGAGAACUUUGAUGAACACUCCUUAUUUCAAGAGUUUUCUUGCCCUGCAGACUUUAACAUUCUGUGUCCAUUGGACUGUAGGUAAAUCACCAAUAAAUUAGGUCAUACAUCUGCAUAAAUAAGCCAACCUUUUCCCAUAUGUGUAUAGUCCAGGACAAUUUCUCCUUCUUACUAUUUAACUAGGAGGGUCAAUCUUCCUUAUGCAUCUGCAUUUAUAAACAUUUGUAAUGUAGUUGUAAUGUUCCCCCACAGAGGAAAUGAACAUAAAUAUGACAAUAGUAGAUGAACUAAAAAGUUUGACCAUGUCUUUAUAGGAACUCUAUAUAUUUCCAAAUUGUCUUUUUAAAACAUGGGAACAAUCUCACUUCUAGAAAUGUUGUGUAAUUCACCUACAUUCACACAGCCUAAUAGUAGUAGAGCUUAGUCAGAGCUCCACUUUCCCAAUUUUGACAUCAGGUGACUUUCCACAAAAUCUCACAGCCUAUUUUGUAUUGUGUGGGUUCCAGUAUUUAACUCUGAGACAAAUGGAUUGGGCUGGGUAUGUCAUAUUUAGGUUUAAAAAUGUCUGUGGAAUUACUAUGUAAUUGAUAAGCCACAGAAUCCUGCUUUUUUAAUUAAAAAAGAGAAAGAACAAAAAAAUUAAAAUUGAAUUUGUUUCUUUUCU